ACACACACUGCAAGCGUGAAGAGAGCGCAGAGACCGACCAGUCUCUCUGAAGGACCUGUGCGGCACUAAUCCCAGAACGGGUCGGGUGUCUUACCCGGUUCGUCUCUGAACACAGAGGAACCUCCUUGGUUUGAUUCUGGUGAAUCGAAUUCCUGAAUAGUCACUGUUGUUCUCCACUGCACUGAGUUGCUCCUCUAAACCUCCUUCAUCUCCACGCCAUGGAGCGCACAGUCUGGGUGGAUGGAGUUCAGAGGGUCAUCUGUGGAGUCACUGAGAAAACUACCUGCCAAGAAGUGGUGAUAGCGCUGGCACAGGCAAUGGGUCGCACGGGCCGCUACACCCUAAAGGAGAAGUUUAAGGAGUUCGAACGCAGCGUGACGCCAGACGAGAAGCUGCUGGAGUCCCUGAAUAAAUACGGGCAGCAGGCUAGCGAGGUGCAGCUCAUCCUGAAACACAAUGGCCCUUCCCUCGAGACAAGGCGCUGCGCCCAGAUCCGCGGCACUCGCGGAGCGGCCAGGAGUCUGCACCGGCAGAGCCUUCCUGCUCUGGACAAGGUCCGGAUGAGCGCAGAUCCAAAUCUGGAAGAGAAGAAACCCAAGCGCAAAUCGCUCACCUUCGCAGAGGAGGCCAGGGAGUGGAUCGAGUCCUUCACCAAAACAAGACUGCACCGAGUCAGGGGAAAGGGGAAGGAUGCUGGGAGGAGAGACUCCAGCGUAGUCAGCCAGCCCGCAGAGGAAUCGGGCGAGAUUAUCCACCUACAGAACAGCCGAGAGAUCUCCAGCAAGGAGGGGAAUCUGCCCAGGAUCACAGACGACCAGGAGGAGUCAAGUCCUGGGCAGGCAACCAAAGAGGAGCUACACCAUCUGAUCAGGAGGCAACAGGCCCAACUCGAGACCUUCCAGGCCCGUCUGGAUGCCACCGAGGCAGAGAUCCGAGUGCUGGAGGAGCAGGAGAGCCUGGCCGAAGAGCAGGAGAGCCUGGCCAAGGAGCUCGCCCGUCUCGGGCAGCUGGUGGAGUCGCGGGUGGCAGACGUGGAAGAGGUGGACUUCUGGGAGAACGAGCUGCGGGCGGAGGAGGUGUACGGGCAGGACUUGCAGGAGCAGUUUCUGGAGAUGAAGGAGAAGGUGCAGGAGUGUAAAGAGAAGCUGGAGGAGUACAAGAAGAGGGAGUCGAGGCACAGCUCUCGGGCAGAUCAGGCAGGCAGGCUGGCCGAAGAGCUGAGCCAGGGCUGCAAGGAGGGCGGCCGGAUGGAAAACUCCCUGGUCCUGACCCAAGAGACUGACCAGGACUUCCAGGUCAGUCGCUCUCUCCGGGCGGCACCCUUCCCAAGGGUAUCGUACCGUUUUAGCGACACGAGUGCCAGCCCGGGACCGCUCAGGGAGUGGGUGGCGCGGUGGUCCAAAGAACUGUCGUCUUCCUCUUCUGCAGCCGGCGAGCUCAGCGAUUGUGCCGAGGCAGUCCAGCAGACGGACAGCACGGCAGUUUGAGAGCAGUGAAUAUAAGCCCCGUCCCCUGCACUGACAGACUCUCCCUCAUUGUCUUUCCAGAAGAAACAGAACUGGAAGCUUUAACUGGUGAGCUCCCACAAGCUACCCUGCGGCACCUCAUCCACGGAAUGGGGCACGACCCCCUGCCCCGCUCCCCCAGGACGAUCCCACGUGGUAUGAAGCCACACCUCUCCCUGUCCAACUCGCCCCGGGAGACCAGAAAGAGAUCCAUGACAAUCACACCAGAGGAAUCAGAAGUGCUCUCCGCUCCUCCCCUCCGAACCAGGAAACCCCAGCGUCACAGAACUGCUUCACGGUUACACCAGUACAUCACUAGGGUGUACGACUGAUGUUAGAACUGUAACUUGUAAAUACAUUUAAAUCCUAAAUACAUUCUGUCAGUAU